AUGGCAACCAGAACGCUCUUCGUAGAUGCAUCUUUGCCUAACGGAACUUUCAAGCCCUUGCAGAGUACGAAUUAUGUUCUUUCCGCCGACUUUGGCGCGUCAGGGGAGGAAAUCUCCUUGACAAAAGGCAGGCUCGUGGAGCAUUGGAAAGACAGUUUUACCAAGAUGGUGCUUGUCUACCACCCCCCGGAUAUAUUCCAAGGGUACGGAAAAGAGGGGUCUGAAGGCGAUGCAUCAGAUCCACGCAACUACGACUUUGGACCUCUUGAUGAGGAGAUUACUCGUGUCGCGAGCAUCGGCGCCGUGGCCUGCCUCCAAUUCGAGGACCGUUUGCACACCUACCAAGAGUUUGCACGCCCGGAGUUGUUUCGAAAGAUUGGAUAUGUCCUGGCUGACCGCUAUGGGAAUGGUAACGGAUUUCCAUACAAGAACAUGCUGAGCCUAGUGGAGCUCUACCCAGAGCCUGACAUGUAUACAUCACACCUCGACAAGAGCUGGUACAUCCCAUAUUUCGAAUGUAUUGAGGGAUUCUCAAGAGGAGCCCAGCAGGCAAACCCAAACGUGGGAGUUGGCGCUGUCGGAGCAAAUCGUAUGUACUACUGUGCAGGCAAGAUGCCUGAAAGUCCCUUUCACUUCGAGUUCUACAAGUUCAUCAAGGAGAGAGGCGUUCCCAUCAAGGCCAUCACGUUUCACUGGGUAACACCAUUCAGCCAGAACCCAGGAGAUCUUGUGGUAGCAUGCAAGUCAGUAAGAAACGAGCUGGCUCGAGCAGGUCUACCAGAUAUGCCCAUCUGGAUUACGGAAUAUAACCGAAACCCGGCUCCGAUUGUACCAAAAACCCCAUCUGUACUAGCAGAAUACAAAUCCUUGUCACUAGCAGCUUCAUUCAUGCUCUGCACACAGAUCAUCGCCCAGGAUGCUGAUGUUGAGCAAUGCCUUCCGUGGGUGGGCGCUGGAUAUGGAUUUUUUGGCGGUGGCAACGCGUGGUUUGAGGCAUACUACGAGAAACACGCGGAUCGCACUCAGCCCGACAUCGUGAACCCCCUCGGUGCGGCAUGGCAAAUAUCAGGCCGGUUUCUGAACGAUGUGACGAAACGAUUGUCGCUUCAAGGUUGUGAUGAUAACUUUGCUGGCCUUGCUGGGGUGUCUGCGGAUGGUAAGACGGUGGAAAUCUUGCUGUCCAAUUACCAGUUUUCAGAUGAUCUGCUAAAGGAGUUGAAUGGCGCAUAUGCCAAGGCGAUGGAUGAGGAUUGCGGCAAAUGGAAUAAGCUCAAUGAGAGUGGGCUGUUGGAUGGAGAGUACUACACCUUUAAAUCACCGCCAGCACCGCUGGGACUUUCUUUAUCUGGACCGCAACCAUCAUUUUGCCAAAACAAGACGGAGUACUACGACCUUCACAUCAGAGAGCUACCAUGGGCUGGGGAUGUAGCGUACUCGGGUGUUGUAUACCGUAUUGACGGUACUCAGAGCCUUUAUAAGCAUGCAAGCUUUUCUGGAAUGGGUAAAGAGAUUAAGAUCUCUCAGGUUUCACCGCCAUUGAGUAUGGAUCUGAUUGUUAUUUCAAUUAUUUAAGUUAUCACAGCUGGGUUUAACCUAGGGAAAUUUUAUUAGUGGGAG